AUGCCAGAAACACAACUGUACAGUGUUAGCAGCAAAGAGUCUCGUCCUGUUGUCAAAAAAUUUCUGGCCAGGCCUCAACCUGAAGGCUUUGGAGCUACUGUCAGAAGGAGUAUUGGAAGAUUCGAGCUGAAAUAUUUUGAUCCCUUUCUAGUUCUGGAUGAAUUCUCAGUUUCUGCUCCUGCUGGAUUUCCUGAUCAUCCCCACAGAGGAUUUGAAACUGUCACCUACAUGUUACAGGGAGCAGUGACACAUGAAGAUUUUGAGGGACACAAGGGUAGAAUAGAAACUGGUGACUUGCAAUGGAUGACUGCAGGGAGGGGAAUAGUUCACUCAGAAAUGCCUGCACCCAGUGGAACUCAAAAGGGUUUACAAUUGUGGAUUAACCUCUCCUCUAAAUAUAAAAUGAUUGAGCCAAGGUAUCAAGAAAUAAGAAGUAAAGACGUAGCAGAAGCUGCAAAAGAUGGGGUUAACGUUCGAGUUAUAGCCGGAGAGGCAUUGGGAAUUAGGUCACCAGUAUACACUAGGACCCCCACAAUGUACUUGGAUUUCACUCUCAAGCCAGGGGCACAAGUUAGACAACCAAUACCUUUGUCAUGGAAUUCAUUUGUAUACAUUUUGGAAGGUGAGGGUAUAUUUGGAAAUUCACAAUCCUCCCCGACCACAGUCCAUCAUCUUCUUCUAUUGGGAUCCUCUGGCUAUGGCCUCGAGGCAUGGAACAAGUCCUCCAAAUCCCUUAGGUUUAUCUUAGUUGGAGGGGAGCCUUUGGGAGAACCUGUGGUUCAAUUUGGACCAUUUGUGAUGAACAGUCAAGAGGAAAUUGAUAGAACAAUAGAAGAUUUUGAGAAUUACACUAAUGGAUUUGAGAAAGCAAGACACUGGAAAUCUGAAUCCUCUGUUUUUUGGGGGUAUUAG